AUGGCCGCCGUCUUACCGCCCUCGCAUAAUAUCCGCGAUGGGCAAUACUUCAAUUCCUCAUUACGACGCACCUCUCCUUCCCGAUCCGCUUACCGGAGUUCCUCGCCAUCAUAUCCUGUCCUUCGUUCCAAUUCAUGCGCCUCGACCCUCGAUAAUCCAUCUCUCCCCAACUCCGCACCCCCCUCCUCCCGGUCGUCCCAGAUCGAAUUGACGAGAGCUGCCGGUCUACCGGUUCGUUCAAGAAGUAAUCCAUGCUUGUCCACCGGCUUUGGGGAAGAGGAGAUCUCUUUUCCUGCGUACGGGCGUAGUGAGCUACCCGACCAACAUGAGGAUUUGGAGCCGCCCACGAGUCCGCGCACAGAAAAUUCCUAUACGACCCCGUCAUCCGCCGGUGACUCGACCGAGACCACGACACCGGAUGCCGUCUAUCACGCCGAAGAUGACACGUCGAUCAAGCCGGAACCCACCCGACAUGUCGACUAUCUUUCAUACGACUGGCGGGAAGAAGAUAUCUGGAGUUCGUGGCGACAUAUUGUUGCGCAACGGCGGGUCCUUGGGGAGCGGUCACGGUUAGAGAACGCGUCAUGGCGACAAUGGGCAAAGCAACAGAACAAACUCAAGACCGUUGCACCUGAGUCACUGAAUUGGUUAAAAGACUGUGACGUGACAUGGCUAUACGGCCCGUUGCAAACCGCCACGUCAAUUUACAUCAGCCAGCAGAUGGAUGAGCCACCGUCCAAAUCAAUAUCGCGAAGUAACUCAUUUCUUGCGAAAAAGCCCAUCUUAAAGAAACGGAGCAUGUCGGAAAUUAUGCUGCAAAAGUCCUUAUCAGCCGCAUCCCUACUCAAACAGGCCACCGCAGCCGUUCAAGCUCAACAAGGACGAGAAGCGCGAAGGGGACGGCCGAUACUAUACCGAGCCAUCUCGGAUUUUAUACCGCCUCCCCUUCCCUCAAAGACGAUCAGUCGCGAUGGGACGGUCAGUUCCUCACGCUCCUCGGGUCUUCACACGCCGAACGGCGAGCGAAAACACAUCCGAUUCGACGACAAAGUCGAGCAAUGCAUCGCGGUGGACCAACAAGGGGAAGAUGACGAAGCCAUCGUCGACUGGGGAAACGAUUCCGACUCCGACGACGGCAUUAUUAUGAUGAAGCCCUCCAAGAAAAAGCCCCUCUCCCGCACCCACUCCCGCACCUCCUUCGCCUCCGACAGCAAAACCAUCGCCAUGCUCCCCGCCACCACCCUCAAAUACCGCACCGACUCCCCCGACAUCCUCGACCACCCCUCCCACUCCCUCCCCUCGAACUCCUUCUGGCGCUCCCCUCGCUUCUCCCCCUCCCCCUCCCAAGAAACCCUCCGCCCCUCCCGCCCCUCCGCCAACUUCCUCCUCGACCCAGAUGACGACGACGACGACCCCGACAUCUCCUGGGAGCCGUCCCUCGCCUACGCCUCGAACGGGGACUCCCCGCGCAACGACGCGAUCGACGGCGCGGCCCCGGCCGGAUCCGGCGCGAUGCGUCGCACUGCAAGCGGUAUGUUCAUGCCCUAUGAAGACGACAGGGAGGAGGAGCCCGGGGGCGAGUCGGGCUUGUUCGGACGCGUGGUCGACUCGGUGAACACGGCGAAAGACAUCGCGCAUGUGAUCUGGAAUGUCGGCUGGCGCCGGUGA